AUGGCGCCAAGACGACGGCCAAUUUGGACUUUCAUGGUAUGCUGUAGAAAGCUUCCUCCUGCCUUCGAGAGGUUCUUCAGAAUCAAAGGGAUCGGUUCGUCCAUGUGCGGGAAAAUUUUUUUCGUAUCUCCUGAUUUUGUUCGAUUUGCGGAUUAUAGAUGUGGUUUGGGAAGUCCGUCCCUCUUGCUACCUGUCCUUCGGCGAAUGAUUCCAUGGGUCAUCUCAGACAAAUGGUCGAGAAUGAAGUCUAAUGGGUCUCACACCCACAAAUUUUGCCUUGAAGAUCUUGCCAUGGAGAUGGUUAACAACGUGAAGGAACUGACCAGGCUUUCCUAUUUUAAGCAAAGAAUCGUGCUCAGGCGUGAUGGUAAAGAUUUGAAGGAUCUUGAAACCUGGGACGUGUUUUCUACUAACGCUCUCGCAAAACUUUGGUAA